AAUGAAUAAGUAUGAGGUUAAAGGAGUAGUAGGAGAGGGAGCAUAUGGAAUAGUGUUAAAAUGUGAAAAUAAAGAGAAUAGCCAGAUUGGUAGGGAGGUUUUCAUAUUUUUAGUGGCAAUAAAGAAGUUCAAAGAGACAGAAGAGAAUGAAAUAGUUAAGAAAAGCAUAUAGAGAGAGGUAAAGAUGUUAAGACUACUGAAACACCCAAAUAUUAUUGAUUUGUUUGAAGCUUUCAAGAGGUAUUUAUAUCAAUUAAGAAAAAGAAAAGGGAGAAUCUAUUUGGUAUUUGAGUAUGUAGAGAAGAAUCUACUUGAGGUUUUGCAGGCAUCGCCCAAUGGUCUAGAUGUAUGAUAUUUAAUAUUGUAAGUAAGGGUACCUUAAGAAAAUAGCAUUUUAAUUGUUGAAGGCCAUAGAAUUUAUUCAUUAUCAUGAUAUUGUUCACAGAGAUAUAAAACCUGAAAAUAUACUAAUCGAUAAUGAAAAUAACUUAAAACUUAUUGAUUUUGGAUUUGCCAGAGUAAAGUCUUAAGUUUAUGUGUUGUAGAGCCUCAAUUUACCAGAUACUUUAACAGAUUACGUUGCUACAAGGUGGUAUAGAUCUCCUGAACUUCUAUUGAAUUAUUAGACCUAUGGAAAAGGAGUAGAUCUCUGGGCUAUUGGUUGUUUACUUUGCGAACUAACUGACGGAGAACCUAUGUUCCCAGGAGAAAAUGAAACUGAUCAAUUAUAUUUGAUCUAGAAGACACUUGGCCCUUUAACACAGGAGUAAAUGGAAGUAUUUCAAAAGAAUCCAAGAUUUCUUGGAAUGAAAUUCCCUGAAAUUGGUAAACCCGAGACCAUAGAGAGAAGGUAUUUAUAAACUAAUUUAUAGAUAUCUAGGCAAAUUACCUUCGAAAGCUAUUGGAUUAGUUAAAGGUUUACUGAGAAUGGAUCCUAAAGAGCGUUUCACUUGUUUGGAUGCUUUAAAACAUCCUUAUUUUGCUGAUUACCCAGAGGCAUAAGAAUAUAUUAAAUAAAUCGAGAGCAGAUAGAAUCAUAUCUAAAAUGAUGGUAAUAUUAAAAGAGAUUCUGUUUUGAGUUAAUAAAAAUAACAAACUCAAAUUGGACAUACAAAUCAAAUAAGAACCAAAGUAAUUGAUCUCCUAAACAUGAUUUUAGAAUAUCAAACCUGUUCCUAAUUUUCUGAGUGGCCAUGUAUUGAUGUAGAGUACUGCGUAUAAUUAUAAGAUAUCUGAUUAACAUACAGCUGAGAGGGAGUUACCUAAUAUGAAAAAGACCACUUCAGUUGAUAAACUGCCAUAAACAUAAUAUAAUGGAUUUAGUAUUGGGAAUGGCUUCUCAUUUGCACCUUCCAAAAACUAAUAACUAAAAGCUACUCAACCAUUAAAAUAAUCUUAACCAUAAAUAAAAAUACAAAACCUAAACAUUAUUUAUAAUACAAACACUUAUAAUUACUAAUCAUAACAGUAAUAAUAACAAUAACAAUUUCCUCAAUAACAACAGCGAAAAAUUAUAAAGAAAAAAAAUUGA